UGAAAAUUCCCUUGAGAGAGUCAGUUAACAACGUUGUUGUUUGUAUUAAUUUCAAGAUUCUCCUUCAUUUUUCAAUCUGAUAUCAUAUUUUCUAAAAUAUUGAAACUAAUGAUCGAUGUUGAUUGUCGUCCAACGUCGAGGAGGAAGCAUGAAAAAAAAGAUGAAACCUGUGCAUAACUUUUCAUGAGAGGUUCUUCUCGGAUUGAUAGCGGAAGAACAUUCGAACGUUUUUAGACGAAAACAACGCGAACCCGAACGCGGCCUCUGCUUGUAGUUCUGUAAGAGAAGAACGGGCACGAAAAGAAAAAUCAUGGUCGUUGACCAUGCUGUUGUGCAGACGGCCCAGACUGCGCGGGAGCAAGCGGUACUUGGGAACUACGCUGAAAGUCUAGAGGUGUACGACAAACUUCAGACGUCACUGAAUGCUAUCGCAGAACGCUCUGAGUCAUGGGUUCGGUGCAAGGCCCAACUCGAGGAAGAAAUACGUCUGGUCCAAAAACUGGACGAUUGCUGGAAGGGCAUGGGCGUCUGUGGUGCCGAUGGAGGAGCUGGUGGAGGUGUAGUUAGCUAUUCUUCUGUGAAAAUGAUGCUAGCACAAACUUUGAUGUGCCGGCUACGAGGAUACGUAUUUUCCCCGAAGAAAGUGCACAUAACAUGAACAUGAUAUUAUCUGAGUAUGUUGUAGUACCACUACGACUACCACGAGCACGAUCUACAACGACUUUCCUACAGCAUCUUCAUAAACGUGAACAACUCGAACUCAUUCUCAGCUUCUGGGAACAGCGCACAGACGAACGCUGGUUCCGAUUUGCUGAAUGAGUUUCUUGCGCCUGAGCAGCAAGGGGGAGGCUCCGGGGAUGUCUGGAGCCCGCCUCCAGCACGAAAGCGGCCUCCUUGGGCGCAACGUGGUCCCAAGGUGGGUGCUCCGAAGCGGCGCAGCACUCAACCACAGCAGACUAACUCCUCCGGAGAGGGCUUUGUAGCUGGAGGUGGAGGUGGCCUUGCGCCGCCUGGCGCACCAGCAGUUGUCCGUCGCGGCUCGCGCAACUACGCGAAGCCGUGGAACGCAAAUGGGGCGAACAGCAGAGAUUCCUACGACCCAACCGUGGCGAUGGGUGGUGCCGCGAAUCCGAAUUCUUACGGUAACGUUGCAGGUGGCGGUGGACCGGCUGGACCACCGGGAAACAACUAUGUGCAUAAUGCUGCAGCGGCUGGAGGCAGCCAUCAGGCGGGUGGAAGCAGUGGAAGCCGCGCCUCGACGACCGGUGCACCGCUGGCGGCAGCACAACAACCACACCCACGAGGCGCAAACGGAAUUUCCUACCUAGAACACGUGUAUGGCGACAGACUCGACGGUCCGGAUGCGGAACUUAUACGCAUGAUUGAGCGUGACUCCGUAGAAAACGAUCCACAAGUGUCGUGGGAUGCAAUCGCUGGUUGCGAAAUGGCGAAGGACCUUCUUGACGAAGCCGUGGUCAUGCCGCUGGCGAUGCCCGACUAUUUUCAGGGUAUACGUCGUCCUUGGCGUGGUGUUCUGCUUUUCGGGCCUCCAGGAACGGGAAAAACCAUGCUCGCGAAGGCAGUGUCGACUGAAUGUACUUAAGUCAGUUCUUUAUAUAUUAUUUGACACGUGCCGGCUGACUGUCUUGUUUUUGGUAAAAUAAGUAAUAUUAAAUAUGUUGAGAACAGUAAUAUGAAAUCGAAGUCGAUUUAAGAGCACACGAUCUCCUCCUCCUCCAACUACGUCCCAUGCAUAAAGUUCACGAUCAGUCAGGUGAAACAACUUUCAUGAAUGUCUCUGCGUCGACAAUGGCCUCAAAGUAUCGGGGAGACAGUGAGAAGCUAGUCCGAAUACUUUUCGAGAUGGCGCGGUAUUACGCACCGACAGUGAUUUUCCUUGACGAGGUGGAUUCGCUGGGCAGUAAGCGUGGCGAAGCAUCAGAACACGAAGCCAGUCGACGAGUGAAAAGCGAGCUGCUCGUUCAAAUGGACGGAAUCAACACCGUCAAAAAAGAUUCUCCGGAUGAACAGCCGAAACUUGUCAUGGUGUUCUUUUUGGAUUUCCUUUAUAAUUCCUCUCGAUGCCUUAGCUUUUGCUUGAAGAUGUAUCCUCCUGAGUACUAGGAUCACAUUGUCGAAGAUGGGUCGGCAGUGAAUAUGUAGGUAGUUCCCCAGACUAAACCUACUUACUUCUAUAAUUAAUGACUCUGACUUCUGCGGUGAUGUCUGGCGAAGGAUCCUCAUAUUGUCGCUGAUGUAGGCGUUGCGAAAUCACGAAAUGUCAAUGAAUUGCAACUCCAUCGCAGGUUCUGGCCGCUACGAACAGGCCCUGGGAUCUGGAUGAAGCAUUGCGACGACGACUAGAAAAACGGAUUUAUAUCCCAUUACCGGAACAGGAAGGACGGCGCCAAAUUUUCGACCUGAUGUGUGCGGAGAUAAGCGUGAAUGACGACGUGAAGUUCGAUACUCUGGUCGAGCUCACGGAAGGCUAUUCGGGUGCGGACAUCACGAACGUUUGCCGCGAAGCAGCAAUGAUGCAGAUGCGGAUACACCGUGAGGCCCUCAGAAAAGCGAGAAAAGAGAAGGUGCUGCUAGAAUUUUGAUAAUCCGCUGCCGCUAAGCCUAAGGAUCAAUGAAGAACAUUUUCAUUUUCUUGAUCAAGAACAGGAUAUUUCUGUCUGAUCGUGUUAGUUAUAGUUGUUCGUUGUGAAUAUAUCUACUUCUGCUUCAUCCAUUUCGAAUUUCGUUAAGUUGGCAAAGACUAUUUAAGUGCACGGGUUUUUUCCUUCUCAUCUGUUUAAUCGACCCUUUUGUAUUUCCGCAGGCUAAUAUUGCUGAAAUGGCGAAGGAAUUCGAAGAGGUUCCAGUCACGAUGGAUGACUUUCUGAACAGCCUGAAGAACGUGAAUCGCAGCGUUGGGAAUGAUGAUCUGCAGAGAUUCCAGGACUGGAUGUCCGAAUUUGGGGCAACUAUCUGAACAACGAUUCCUGCUACAGCUCCUAUUGUGAGUUCUUGCUGAUCCAUAGAGGGCGUCUUCUCAUCUUUGUCACCCGAAAUUGCCACCCUUGCCUUUCUGACAUUUUCCUCCAAAUAGCCAAUGGCAGAGCUCUUCGUUUUAUGCGUUUACUGCAACGGACGCUCUGGAACUUCCUUUGCAGAACUCCAUGGUGACGAAAAGAAACACAUAUUAAUAUUGGACAUGCUUCUAAGUACACAUGAACAUGAUGAUCUGCAAUCAUCUGCUUCUGCAGCCACACUGAUGAUUCACAUGAAAAGACCAUAUUGUCGUUGCUUGCGGCCGCAUCGCCAUAAUCGCAUGAGACGCCUUCUAAAAUAAUCAAUCUUCUUACAACCUUUCGCUUCCUAAAGAAAGAACAAGAAACUG